AGCCUGACGGCCACGCCAGUAUGGGACUGGAUGACGCGGCUAUAGAAGAGGCAUCAACAAUGUCGAGCAUAAAUAUCAUGACCAUCAGCCACGACUCGAAGGCCAUCAACAGCACGAUCGCAGCUCAAUCACCUCGUUCACUCAAAUAGCUUCAUCAUGCAUGUCUCCAAGCUCCUCACUCUCACCGCGGCCACUCUGGCUUUCGCCCACCCCGGCGAGAAACAUGACCAUGAGGCCGUCAAGCGGGAGAUUCGCCUUCGCGAUGCCCUUGCUGAGCAGGCCAGACAUGGUGUCAAUGCUUGCUCCAACAGCCACCAGGCUAGACAGGUUCAACAGCGCUCCGUCUCCCGCCGCGCUAACACUGCCCGUGAGCUGCGCUCCAAGAGGGGCGUGACUGCUGCUCCCCACAAGUUCCGCCGGAACCUCGCGGCUCUCGAAAAGUGGGAAGCCAUCAACCACAACAAGACCGGACUCCUUGACUACUCCCCCCAGACCUCCGAGGCCGACAUCUUCGGCGCCAACACCAGCUCCAUCCUCACUCCCACCAUCACUGAUGGCCCCUACUACGUCUGGGGUGAAGUGAUCCGUCAGAACGUCAAGGAGGAUAAGUACUGUGAUGGUGUCGACCUCUUCCUCGAGGUGCAGUACAUCGAUGUCAACACUUGCCUGCCUGUGCAGGGUGCUCUGGUCGACAUCUGGAACGCCAACGCUACCGGUGUUUACAGUGGUAUCUCCACCAGUGGCAACUACGCCGCCGACGGUUGGGACUCGACCUUCCUCCGUGGUAUUCAAGAGACCGAUGAGGAUGGUGUUGUUACCUUCCAGACCAUCUUCCCCGGUCACUACGACGGCCGCGCCAUCCACACCCAUCUCCUGACCCACCUUAACUCCACCAUCAACCGCAACAACGGCACCCUUCAAGUGGGCACUGGCAGCGUCGCCCACAUCGGCCAGCUCUUCUGGAACGAGGUCCUGCGUACCGCUAUUGAGAACACCUACCCCUACACCACCAACACCCAAGAUAUUACUAGCAAUGCCGACGACAUGUGGAGUGUCGAGCAGGCCUCCAGCGCCUACGACCCCUUCCCGGAGUUCCUGUACCUCGGUGACAGCAUCGAGGACGGUUUGUUCGCCUGGAUCCAGAUCGGUAUCAACACCACUGCCGACUACACCGACAACUCCUACUACAGCAUUGCUGCUUACUACGAUGAGAACGGCGGUCACGAGAACUCGGACAGCGCUGCCAUGGGUGGUGGCUCUGGUGGUGGUGGUGCUCCUUCGGGUUCCAUGUCCAUGUCCGGUGCUAUGCCCUCUUCUACCAGUGCUUGA